AUGAGCUUGGAGAAGUGCCAAAAUAUAACAUCUUUGAAUCUGAAUCUCUCGCAGAAUAAUCUUGGUGCAGAUGGAGCUAAGAACAUUGGAAUGAGCUUGGAGAAGUGCCAAAAUAUAACAUCUUUGAAUCUGAAUCUCUGGUAGAAUAAUCUUGGUGCAGAUGGAGCUAAGAACAUUGGAAUGAGCUUGGAGAAGUGCCAAAAUAUAACAUCUUUGAAUCUCAAUCUCUAGAAUAAUAAGCUUGGUGCAGAUGGAGCUAAGAACAUUGGAAUGAGCUUAGAGAAGUGCCAAAAUAUAACAUCUUUGAAUCUGAAUCUCUCUUAUUGGAAUGAUCUUGGUGCAGAUGCAGCUAACAACAUUGGAAUGAGCUUAGAGAAGUGCCAAAAUAUAGCAUCUUUGAAUCUGGAUCUCUCGCAGAAUGAUCUUGGUGCAGAUGGAGCUAAGUACAUUGGAAUGAGCUUGGAGAAGUGCCAAAAUAUAACAUCUUUGAAUCUGAAUCUCUG